AUGCCCUACAGACACAGCUGCGAACAGAGGAGUACAUACAAAAAAUGGAUAUGUUGGUUCAAGGAAAAUAUUGUUGAAGAAUUAAAUGAGCGAAUACAAGCUUUUGACUAUGGUUUGAAUAAUAGACCGAAUAUUCCGAGUGGUAUUAAAAUUAGCAAAACGUCAAAUAGUAUUGGACAACAUGCCGCACAAACUCUUUGCUUGAUUACUUUUCUACCAUUAAUUAUAAAAGAUACGAUUUUGAAAAUAAAACAAAAUGAUUAUGUUAAAUGGUACAUGAUAUUGUUACUAAUAAAAAUGCUGAAAAUUGCCUUAGCGCCUAAAAUUACCUUAGAAAUGUUGCAAGAUUUAGAAACAAGUACGACAAUGCAUCACAAUAUUUUAAUUAAUCAUUUUUCACUAUCUGAAGAAAUAAAAAUUACUGUUGGGAAACGCAUUAAAUUCAUGGGUUCAGAACUCUUGAAAAAUAAAUUUAUCUGUACUACCUUUUCAAAUAAUUUACCCAUUUUCAGUAGAUCUGUACUUUUUUUUUCUAUCUAUGAUGAAUUGUUUGUGAUUUGUGAAUCAUGGAAAACAAUAGACAUAUCAACAUCAUGUCUAGGAUAUUUAAUUGUUAAUAAUUCAAAGACUUUUAUACAAAAAAUAUCCGACUUGCCUUACACUAAAAACUGGCAAUUAUAUGAAACUAGUGAUAAACAAUUUGUUAUCCCAACGGAAUAUUUUUUAUAA